AUGUUUAAGAGUCCACACCAGUCGACGAGCAAAUUGCUGCCCCUGCAGCAGCUACAACCACAACACCAUUCGCUGUUACAACUGCAGCACUAUUCGCAGUUACAACCGCAGUUACAAUCGCCGCACCAUUCGCCGCAGCACCAUUCGCUGUUACCUCCACUCAAUACUAGAUCCGGGUCGACUUCACCCAUAAGGCAGUCCUUUAAUUCUUUAAACUACUCCAAUAGCAUACAUAGAAUGGGUAGUCCCACGUCGCCUAGCCAAGCUAGUUACCAGUCAAAUCCCGAACAGCAAAGACAACAGGUUGUUGACAAAAUUACCCACGACUGUUACUCGAAAAUUAUCCAUGUUAAUGGCCAACGAGUACACGAUAUUACAUAUAUUGCUCAUAUCGCAAUUCUUGAGUAUCCACACUCAACAAGUGUUCCUCCAAUGAAAAACUCGGAUUUUGCUUCAGUAAAGAAACGUAUAUUGGUGCUUUGUAAGAGACAUUCCGGUCGCGUGAUGUUGCAGAAGGGCAAGUUUCAAGAUGAGAGAGGUAUUUAUCAAAUUGGACGAGAUUGGGAUUUAUCUGAACUACAAUCGAUUGAGAAGGUCGGUUCAGAUGGAAUGAUCUUGCAGUUGAACAAACAGUACUAUUGGAGAAACGAUGAUGAUGGGAACAGGAUUUGGAAGUUUUGUCGUUAUGUAUGUCAAGAGUAUGGACUUUUCAUUGGUAAAUAUCCAAAUCUAGUAGGCUUUACUUUGGACGAUUUCAUGCUUAGCCGUACACCCAAAUCACCUACACAACCUUCUAUUCUGAAGUUUUCACCAAUUUCACCUCAGAAGAAUUCCACUUUGGCGCCGCCGCGUCAAUCGCAAGACCAGCCACAGCACCAGUACCAACAGCACCAGCAACAACAACAACAACAACAACAACAACAACAACAGCAACAGCAACAGCAACAGCAACAACAGCAACAUGUUUCCUCAAACCCACUAUCAAUCAAGUCCAAUUCGUUAAAAAAGAUGAUGCACAAACCAUCAAUUUUUUCACACGAGAAAUCACAGCUGGAUAAGAACUCAGCAUCAUCGAUAAAAAGCUCGACUUCAGCUACCUCUACACAACCAGCUCCAACUCACAAGAAAAAACGUAGUUUGGAUUUAUACAAGAAUAUGGAUUUUACUGUGAAUGGACAAUUGCCUCAAAAACCAAUGAAGGUUAUGCAAAGAGAUAAUCAGUCAGCAAAUACUUCUUCAUAUACGGUUGACACCACAUCCGCUCUUAGACAACCCAAUCAAAGUUUUCAAAAGGAAAGCUAUAACGUACGUCUGCUUUUGUUACCCGAGAGAACCAAUACACCACAUUCGAAUCGAGAUACACCACUGCCCGAUAAUGGAAUAACUUUAAGAGUACCUCAAGGGGAGAAUACUAUGGAUCUUAAUAGAGCAGCAGAUGUUGUUGUUUCUGGGAAAAAGCAACAUCCAUAUUUUCAAAAGUCUAUUUUUACUGAUGAUACUAAUGCAAGCAUUGUCAGCAAUGACUCGCCGAAAUUCAAUUUUGGAUCAUUUGAUGCUAGAGAUAGUGUGAGACAGUCUCAAGAAAGAUUACAUGAGUAUGCUAAAGGUAACAAUACGCCAUAUAAACACUUCAAACCAACAAAUACAGUAGGAGAACACAGGAAAGUUUCUGAAUCUUUAGAGAGUGCUGCGGGAUACAAUUACAAACUUCAAGAACAAUUAGAGGAUACAAAUAACAAUAACAGAGGUCAUUGGAAGAAAAAUUCUAUGGCUUCUGAAAAAUCAGCUGAGGAAGUUGUUCAAGAAUUUUCAGAAUCUAUACCUUCUCCGAGGAGGCCUCGAAAGAUGGCAGCUUCUGCGAUAUCGCCAGACUUUGGAAUUGAAGAAAUAACCGAUGAAAGUGAUAAUGACCAAAAACCAGGAAGUCAAACGUUGAACAUCAAAAAAAGAUAUUCUGGUCAACAACAACAACAACAACAAAUACACAUGGGCAGUUUUAGUGAGAAACAGAAAGAUGAAGGCAUGAAACAGGGAAUGCAAAUAAAUAUGAAACAACAAGAUCGAAAUAAAUUAUCUAACAGCGCUCCUUUCAAUCAAUCCGUUGCAUAUGACGACAAUAAUAUGUAUCAAAAUAAAGACGUGGGAUUAGGAAUUCAUUCGGGUAGAUCUUUUACUUUCAUUGCAGAGUCGACUAAAUUGCAAGAUCAUAGUAGAGUAGACUCACAUAUGCGGGAGUUGGAAAAUAUGCUCGAUUCCCAUAUUAGCAGUGCUAUUGAAUUAGAUGAUGAUGACGACCACAAUGUUAUUGAUUUAAAUAACAAUGGAGACGGUGAAUUACCAUCUCCAAAAGUAGUAGCAGCAGCAGCAGUAGCAGCAGCAACAGCAACAGGACCAGCUAUUAUGGAUCGAGAAGACUUGAUUCGUUCUAAAGAUGAUUCUCUCGCAUUUGAAGCAGAAGAUGAGGAAGAGGAAGAGGAAGAUGAAGGCAUUACUGAGCCCGGAUUGAAGAUAUCAAAAAAGCCCCAGGAAGUUAGUGAUGAAUAUGCUUUUGCUAAUGAGGAGUUUGAAAGAGAUGCAGAAGCAGAUGAGCUACUAAAGGAUUUGGGAUGGAAUGCAAAAAUGAAUGCUGAAGUUUUAUUAAGAAGUUUGACACAAGAGUUGAACAAAACCAAGUUGGAAACGGUGAAUAAACUAGUCAGUGUGGAUUUAACAACAAGUUCAGCAAGUGAUGUUGAAAUAGCUUCAAGCGAGAUUCAAAAUAUGCUUCGUACGUUUCAAAGAAUGGAUAUUGGCUUGAAAUCUUUAAGGAAAGAUGUCAAUGUAAUUGAUGAGAAAUCUAAAGGAUUACAAUUGAAAUUUGUCAAUAAAAAAAUGCUUUAUAACGAUUUGCAAGGGAUUUUAUCAAAAGUUUCAGUUGACAGUGGGCAUUUGCAAUAUGUUGCUUCGUUUAAGGAGUUUAGCACUUUGGACAAGAUUGGCGAUUUGGAGUCUAAGCUAUUGAGUUUAUACAGCGCCAUUGUUACAAUCAGGGCAGAUGCAUCACAGCUGGGCCAUAAAGACGAAGACUUGAGUUCAUUGAGAGCUCUUCAGCAACACCAGGCACAGUUUGAGAAGGUUAAUCAGAGAUUUGUGAGACAUUUUUGUCAAUUCAUUGCCAAUGAAUGUGAUAGGAUAGGGAAACACUUACUCAAGGAUAUUGAGAAUCUUAAUUUGCUGUUAUUGUUACAUACAAUGGGCAAGUUGCUUACAUACAGUGGUAUCACUUACUACGUUAAGGAAAUCGAUACUAAAGAACUCAAUGAGAUUAACCAACGAUUUAGCCAAAUAUUUGCAAAAGUUUUGGAAAGAGUAGUAGUUACCAAGAUAGACAAUAUUAAAACAGCUCAGAAAGCGCAUAGCCGAACAACAUCAACAUCAUCUCCGAAAGUAGAUCAGGUUGACCGCUAUUCAAGUUCGAGCACAGGGCGUUCUUCAAGGUCCUCAAUAUCACCAACCUUAUCCAAUGUUUUCGAUUUUGAUGACGACGAUGACGACGACGAUGAUAUUAUGCCAUUGAGAAAAUCUAGAUCAACGAGAUUUGCAAGAAAAGGAAGUUCUAGAUUUGGUGAUAUUCUGUACGAUAGCGAUGCAAAGAGAAAAGAGCGUCUUGAAGCACUCAAAAAGCAAGCUAUGGCUGCUGCUGCUAGUAAUAGUAAUAGUGCUAACAGCUCAAAUGAUUUAGAAGACUCAAAAGCGGUUAUUACGUUAAUUGAUGAGUCUAAAACGCUCAUUAUGUUUUUCCAGUUUUUCAUCAUUGUUUUUUUCCAUUAUGACGUAGCUGUUUUUGAUUUUGCAGAGUUUCUUCGAAACAAUCCAUUUCCUACAAGGAGAAAGUUUGCUGAUUUGUCGAGAUCCAAUUUUUUUGAUACAAUAAACAGCGAUCAAGCUAAUUUCAAUAUUUCCAAUGAUGUUAUUAACAAUCUCAAUGCGGUAUUGGGAGGUUUCAUUAAUAGUUUUAUCAAGAAUGUUAAUCCUGCAGAUUUGAACAAGCCCGUUAUAUUAUGGCAGUUAGAGCAGAUGAUUAAUUCAACACAGGAGACGUUUAUGAAUCAAGAAUUUUUAAUUUACAAUUUUUUGAAAAAGGCUAGUGAUCAGUUUCUGAUGCAAUGGAAAAAAUUUGUACAAAAUCAUAUUGUUGCAGUUGACAAUUUGAUAAUCGGGUCUGAAGUUUAUGUUUAUCCAGCUGUUAAAAACAUUGGGUUUUUGUUAUUGAUAACUGAGAGCUCUUUUGAUAACAAGGAUAUUAGAGGAAGUCUGACUAGAGAAAUGAUUGACCAAGCGUAUGACAAGAUAUCUACCAGUCUAGUUCAUUUAUUUUCUCGUGAGGAUCCAUUAAUCAAGGGUCGCGAAAUAAAUGGGAAGGAAAAAGAGCUUCGGUUAAUUUCUAUGUUGGAGAAUAUUUUCUAUAUCUUACAACAAGCAAGUGAAUUGAAUACUCCAAACAAUGCGGCAACCAAGAAGUUAACUGAUAAAAUGACUCAAGUCUUCAAAAAGAAUGAAAAGAUUUGUUUUGAUAGCCUAAUAAAUGUCAAUUUCGGGCCAUUGAUUGAGUUUAUUGAAAGUCAUAAAGACCACCACCAUGGAAGUAGAAGCCACAAGAAUAAGAAAAACGCCAAAGAAAUACUUUCUAGAUACAGAGAGCGUGAUAUUCAAGAACAGAUUGGGCAUAUCUAUGCUGUUUUGGAACAACGAAUUCACAAGUCAAAGCACUUGAGUCAUGGUAGUGGUAGUGGUAGUGGUACCACUGAUUAUGUUUUUACUAAGGAUUUAAUUGAUCGAUUAUGGACUGAUAUGGAGACUGUGUUUAUUGAGUAUUUCACGAGAUUAGGAAAAAUACUAAGACAGGAAUAUGAUAGAGAUAUGGAAUACAAUGUGGGAAGACAAGAUAUCCACCAUAUUUUCAAGUCUGUUAGAGAUAACUAA